AUGGCAACUACAAGAGAGAAGGAUUAUCUUUCGUGUCCAUCAAUUUCAAAUGAUGAACAAAGUAAUAUCGAAUCCAACAAUCAAUCCAUCGUAUCAUCAGCAACGACAACAAGAACAUACAAAGUUUAUCCACGCCGUUUCGCUAUUCUAGCUAUUUUUUGCAUAUGUUCGCUGGCAAGUGGUUUUCAAUGGAUCGAAUACGUGAUCAUACAGAAUAUCAUCGUUCGAUAUUAUAAUGAAAGUUUACCUGGAGAUGCCGAGGCCAAAAACAAUGCAGUUACUUGGACUAGUCUUAGUUAUAUGGUUACUUAUAUUCCAUUAAUGUUUCCAGCCAUGUGGUUACUGGACCGUUAUGGAUUGAAAAUAACAUGUUCAACAGGCGCUUUUCUUAAUUGCGUCGGCGCCAUUGUAAAAUGCUUUAGUGUUGAUACAAAUCUCUGGUGGAUUACAUUUACAGGACAGAUGAUUUGUGCGUGUGCACAGUCGUUUACAUUAGGUAUUCCACCAUAUCUAGCAGCUACUUGGUUCAGUAGCGAUAGCGUAUCAACGGUGACAGCUAUAGCUGUUUUUGGAAAUCAAGUUGGAAUUGCGCUCGGUUUUCUUAUUCCGACGAUUUUAGUGCCCGACGUAGAGGAUAUUGGUUUAAUUGGUGAACGUUUAAGAUUACUUUACUAUGGGGUUGCAUUUGUUUGCUUGGUUUGUUUCAUUAGUAUGAUUAUUGUUUUUCGUCCUCGUCCUCCGACACCGCCAUCGCGAGCUCAGGAAAUGGCUCUUCAAACAUCUGAACAGAACUAUUUGCAAACACUGAAACGUUUGCUAGUCAAUCGAUGGUUUCUUCUAUUGUUGAUCUCUUAUGGUCUGAAUACUGGUGCUUUUUACUCGAUUUCAACAUUGUUGAAUCCAGUGUAUAUGUAUUACUUCGAAAAAACUGACCAUGCUAGUAAAUAUGCUGGUACGAUUGGCACGCUUAUGAUUGUUGGUGGCAUUUUUGGAAGUCUGGUUGGCGGUUAUGUUUUAGAUAAAUCCAAAGCUUACAAAACAGUAACAUUUAUUGUUUAUCUUCUUUCGUUUUUAUCGAUGGUAUUAUUUACAUCAACAGUACAUCUUCAUGAAUACGUAGCAUUUGUUACAAUGGCGAUAGUCGGGUUUUUUAUGACAGGUUAUUUGCCUGUCGGUUUUGAAUACGGCGUCGAAAUAACUUAUCCGGAAAAUGAAGCUAUAUCGAGUAGUCUGUUAAACGUCAGUGCUCAGAUCUUUGGUUUAUGUACAACACAAUUUCAAGAAUAUCUUAUAUUCAAACAGCAUAAAGUUCUGAUUUCGAAUGUGAUGCUAUGUGUUAUUUUGAUUGUUGGUGGGGUGAUAACUCUGCUUAUUCGCUCACCUUUACGUCGACAAAAUGCUCAACAUGGUGGUGACAAUUUACUGGAAAAUAAUGUAGCGUGUGCUGUUGUUUCGGAUACUAAUGCAGUCGUGAAUGCGUGA